CCUCCCCGCCCGGAAGUGGCUCCUCGGCCGCGCGUGCGCGGCCCCGCGCCGCCCCCCGCCCCGCGCGCGCGCCUCCCCGGGGACCCACGGCGCGUGCGCGGCGCCUGCUGACCCGGCCCCGGCCGCCUGGCCCGCGUGGGCAGGUGCGACCUCCCUCCCCAGCCCCCGGCCUCUCCCUCUGGCCACGUGUGGUCACUGGUAGCCCUCGGGAGAGUUGGCCUGUAGGGCGCUACAAACUGAUCUAAGCAACGACCCGUCAUGGGGCCCGAGAGGAGGCCUUGAAUGUGCCCCUGUCUUUUACCUGAGGCCCCCCAUCAAGGUCAGUGACAAAGGGGCGUGAAAACUCCCUCAGUGGAGUUACCGUCCUCGUCGCCCCCGCCCCCACGGAAGUGGAGCACGGAGACUACCUGUUGUGGAGGAGGGAGGAGUUUUGCUUUGCCCUCAAGGUUCUUCCUGCUCAUCUUCUAAUCAAAUGCACAUGAGACGUUGUAGCAAGAGGAAAUGACCCAAUGUAAUUACAUUCGGAUGUGGGGAACCCCGCACGAGACCCCCAGAACCCGUACAAUGGCUGCGGAGGUGAAGACCCAACCCACUGAACCACCCCGGGCGAGUCCAAAGGCUGAGCCAAAGGCUGAGAAGUCAGAGCACAAGCCAAGAAGCCACGGGGUCGAAGGGCCCCAGAAAGAACCUGUGGUCCCAGGGAUCGUGGAUUUCAAGGUGGUCCGAGAGGAACUGAGGAAUCCCAAGCCCGAAUCCCCUAACACCUACCACUUCGGCCGCCUCAGCCACAACUCCUUCUUCUCCCGGCAUCACCCCCACCCCCAUCGUGUGACCCACAUCAAAGAUCUCACCGGGAAGCCCGUCUGUGUCGUCAAGGACAGGUUCUCUCUGACCUCCUUGCCUCAAACUGCGCUCUUCUCCCCCUCUCUGAUGGGGAUGCCUGCCCUCUUUGUCCCCAUUGGAGACCCACACUCCAAUCGGGAUCCCCGGCUUAAGCCAGAGGCCUGGAAGAAGGAGUUGAAGGAACUGGCUUCCCAGGUGGUCGUCUUCAGCAAGGAGACUGAGCCGAAGAACAAAGAGGAGGGGGUGCCUCAGCGGGAGCAGGGUGCCAAGUACUCUGCAGAGACUGGGAGGCUCAUCCCUGCUUCCAUCCGAGCCCUUAGCAGCCGCCACUCCCACCAGGGCCAAGGGAACCACCCUUCAAGCAGAGAUGGCAUCCAGGCCUUCGUCCUGCAGGAUCAGGAGCUGCUGAUCUUGGAGCUCCUUUGUCAGAUCCUGCAAACAGAUUCGUUGAGUGCUAUCCAGUUCUGGCUCCUCUAUGCUCCUCCCAAGGAAAAAGCGCUGGCGCUGGGGCUCCUGCAGACGGCAGUGGCUCAGCUCCUUCCCCAGGGUCUGGUCUCCAUCCCAACCGAAAAACUUCUAAACCAGCUCCAGGAUGUCCAAGAACCAUCUCAGGAGAGGCAACAGCCAACCUACAGCCAAUCCCCAAAGAAGUCAAAGACACCGCCUCUUCCCAAAAGCGAAAAACCAGAGUACAUCGGAAAAGCACAGGUUCUCCAGGUGCAUCCCAGCCAGAGCACAGAAGAGAAAGUGGCAGAGCCGAAGACGGAGUGCUGAGGAGCGGGCGCCGCCUCACCCACCUGGCUCCAGAGCCGCCUCACCCACCUGGCUCCAGAGCCAGCUUUGCCCACCCUGCUCCAGAGCCAGCCCUGCGCUCCAGCUCGUGCCUGCCUCAGCUGCCUCAACAGCGAUACGUCCUUUCCUUUCACGUAGAGCCCAUUAAAGCACCACCCUCCCUUUAAGAGGACAGUUCCACUCUCCUCUCAGCAGCACGUCUGUGCUUGGGGCGCUUAUUCCUGGAGGAGUGAGCUGCAGGGAACCAUCCCACUCCCUUGGAGAAUGCCCGGGUGCCAGCGUGGGGCUCACCCCGUUCUUUCGCGUCCCAGGAACUGAAGGGCAGGUAGUGGCUAAGACGGCCUGAGAAAAAGGCUCUGCCUCUCCCUGAACCAAGACACACAAGGCUCUGAUAGAUGGGAGCGGAGGUCAGGCAUCCGCAGGCCUCCUUCAAACCAUCAGCGAUACCAGUUAUUGCAUUCCUCCCAGGCACUGAGGCAGGGGCGUCAGUAAGAGUUAAUGAACACUGUGAACUGAGCCAAGAGUCAGGCAGCUUUGGGUAGAGAUAAAUGACACAGAUUUACCCCAGGGUCUUAGGGUUCGCAAACUGGAAACACAACUAGGCAAUUCCCAGCGUGUUCCACAGGAGAACGAAAAGCUGGGGGUUCUUAAUAGUAAAAAGCACAUCCAGGUCUGCACUCUUGGCCCCCGGCUUGGUCCACCAUGGUGGCUGUCUGAGGUCUGGUGGUCUGGACAAUGGCACAGUUUCUUCUUGAGGUAAUUCAAAGGGUUAAUGGAAGGUUUGAUGCCCGGCCAGGCAUUAACGCACAACGCACUGGUGCCCAUCCAGGUAUUGACGCAGGAAUGGAAAGUUCAAAACUUUAAGUUCCCAGAGUCAGUCAGAACAAGAGUAAUGGUUUCCUCCCGCCUUAAUUUUAAUAAUUUAGCAGCUUGACUGUAACAACUCCAUUUUAUUUCUUCACUCUACUCCUCAAACACUAUGUGAAUUGUUCUACAUGCUUUCUAUAGAGUACUAUAUUUAUUCUCCCCAAAGCUCCAUGAGGUAGUGGGUUAAUAUCAUAACUCCCAUUUGAUAGAUGAAUAAACUGAAGCUCAGGUGAAAUAAGUUGUCCACAGCCACAUAGUAAGUGGCAGAGCCCAGCUCCAAACACAACGUGUCUGGUUUUAGAAUCCCCACUAUACUCCACUGCCUUACAAACGGAAACCCUCACCAAAAGUUGUGGUUGCAUAUGGGUUAGCAAAAUGGUGGUUGGCAAGGUCAAGGGGGAAAGGGACAUUAUUAUAUAAAGGUGACUCAGAUGCACCCAGGGUGCCCCUGUCUUUUAAGAUCUAGAGAAGAUGGCCUUGACUCUCUAGGAAGUCCAGUGUCAUCCUUGAGAUUUCUGCCAAUUCCAUGAAGGGUGAAGGGGAGGCGGCACUGAGGAUUUACCAUGUCAAGGUCAUUGUGGCUGUCAGCUCCUACUUCUACUGAGUUCAGUCCAUGGAUUGUGGCUCCAUUCCACAGCACUGCUCCACCUCACUCAAUUCGGAUGGAUUAAGUCCCUGAGGGUUUUCCCAAAUACUCCAUUCACAGAAAACUUUUUUUUUUUUUUAAAUAAUCCUUACCUGAGGAGUGAGGUUAUUUUUUCCAUUGAUUCUUCAGAGAGUGUGGGAGGGAAAGGGGGAGGGGGAAGUAGAGAAAGAAACAUUGAAAUGAGAGAGAGAGAGACAUUGAUUGGUUGCCUCCCACGCACACUUAACUGGGAAUUAAACCCAAAACUCUUUGGUGCACGGCCAAUGCUCUAACCACUUGACAACCCGGCCAGAGCAGGCUCAUUGUAGGUUUUUUUUUUAAGUCCCGGUGUCCUUUUUAAAAUAUAUUUUUACUGAUUUCAGAGAGAAAGGGAAAGGGAGAGAGAGAAACAUCAAUGAUGAGAAUCACUGAUCAGCUGCCUCCUGCACACCCUGCUAUUGGUGAUCAAGCCCACAACCUGGGCAUAUACCCUGACCGGGAAUGGAACCAUGACCUCCUGGUUUAUGGGUCUAUGCUCAACCACUGGGCGACACCAGCUGGGCUCAUUGUGGUUUUAAUGUGCCUUUCCCAGGUGGCAUCUGGUAUUUAACACCUUUUCAUGUGCUUAUUGGCCAUUGGUGUAUCUGCUUUAAAGAAAU